AUGAAGAGCGCCUCCGAGAAGAUAAAGAGUUUAUUUAUCCCCGAGGAGGGAGGAGGAGCAGACAUGCAGAUGGUGAUCGAUCAGCUGAAGCUCGACUCUGAGAGAGAGAUCAAAAAUAAUCCUGUCAGAUCUCCUCAGGGACCAGACGAAGACGAGGAGGAGGAGGAGGAGGAAUCAGUGCUGAUCUGA